UGCAAAUGCAUUUCAAACUCGUCCCCUGACUGGCUUCAAUCAACUUCGGGCUCAGUUGCUCGCCAGCAUCAGGUUCACAAUGACCUCCGAUUCCACGCUGUACUUCAGUGCCGUCGAGGAUAUGUUCAAGGAAGUGUUAACAAUAGGGGACGACGAUCGGCACCAGCAUCCUGGGAACGAGGAGUUCUCCGAAACCCCUAAACGAUGUGUGCAUUUGCGCCAACAAAAGUUGUUCGCCAACGACUCCGCGAGUUUUGUGAUAGGUCGCCGGGCGCCGAGGACUGAUUCUAAAAUCGAUCUCAAAGGAGAUAUGUCUCCUGGAAGGCGAAGGGAACUGCGCGGCGAGGAAGUCCUCCGCAUGCGCAAGGAUCGGGCGGAGAAGGAGCGGAUGAGGCCCCAAAGACGACUUACCAUGCGGAUUUGAUACUUCCUUUUAACCACCGAGUUCGUUGAGCUACCCAAUCGAAGUGCUUCCCCGUUGUAUGCUUUACUUUAGGAUUUAUUAUUAAGCUCACCUAAGUAUGCCAUAUUUUGCGUGCCAAU